CUAAAUCUGAAUUACAAGCGCAACGUACAACUCUCACUUGGCGUUACAGCGUUACUCAGACCAGACCAGAAGGAGGGUUUUAACUUUUAACCGAAUCAAAACCCUCGGAGAGCGAGAGUGGGAAAAGGAACUCGAAAAUGGAAGGCGUUUCGUACCAGAGGUUCCCGAAGAUCAAAAUCCGGACAGUAAGGGACGACUUCAUGAAGUUCGAGCUGCGCGACACUGACGCCAGUAUCGCCAACGCACUCCGCCGCGUCAUGAUCGCCGAAGUCCCCACAAUCGCCAUCGAUCUGGUUGAGAUCGAGGUGAACUCCUCGGUCCUCAACGACGAGUUCAUUGCCCACCGCCUGGGUCUGAUUCCCCUCACCAGCGAGCGCGCAAUGGCCAUGCGCUUCUCGCGCGACUGUGACGCCUGCGACGGAGACGGCCAGUGCGAGUACUGCUCCGUCGAGUUCCAUCUGCGCGCCAAGUGCAUCAACGACCAGACGCUCGAUGUUACCUCCAAGGACCUUUACAGCUCCGACCACACUGUUGUUCCAGUUGAUUUCUCCGACUCGUCCGGGGUUGAUAACACGGAGAAUAGGGGUAUCAUCAUUGUGAAGCUACGCCGUGGUCAGGAGCUGAACUUACGAGCCAUAGCUCGGAAAGGAAUUGGCAAAGAUCAUGCAAAAUGGUCGCCUGCUGCGACUGUCACUUUCAUGUACGAACCUGAGAUUUACAUCAAUGAAGAACUGAUGGAGACGUUAACACUUGAGGAGAAGAAGGAAUUUAUUGAAAGCAGCCCCACUAAAGUGUUUGAGAUUAAUCCCAAUACCCAACAGGUUUAUGUUCAUGAUGCCGAGGCAUAUACAUAUGACGAUGAGGUGCUGAAGAAAGCUGAUGCCAUGGGAAAACCAGGUCUUGUUGAAAUCCAAGCCAAGGAAGAUAGCUUCAUUUUCACAGUCGAGACAACUGGUGCAAUCAAGGCAUCUCAAUUGUUGAUCAAUGCCAUAGAGGUUUUGAAGCAGAAAUUGGAUGCAGUUCGUUUGUCGGCUGACACUGUUGAAGCUGAUGAGCAGUUUGGGGAGUUGGGAGCUCAUAUGCGUGGCGGCUGAUUUUUGUGUUUGGCAAGUUUUCUCAUGCAUGUGAUGUUUUGUACGUUCACUCUUGUUAACUUAGUAUGAAAAUUGAUCUUAAGUUGUGUAAAUUAUUCUGGGAUUGCUGGAGUGUAGGAGGAUGACAUGUUUUGAUGGUUAUGAAACAGGUGAUGGUUGAACCUGGGCUUUAAGCAGUUGAAAUGUUGCAUCAAUUUUUAUUUUUAUUUUUUAGUGUUUUUGUCCCACUGAAUAUGAUUGUAUGUUGUUGUGGGUGGAAUUUAGGUCGUGCUGAGAAAUUGUAAUGAGUGUGUGAUCAAAUUACAACAUAGGGUAAAUUGCAAUGUAAUCUUAUUUUGCAAAGUCAGGACUUUUUCUCUGUGAU